AUGGAGAACGCGGCGCUGCGCGAUGCGCGCGCGGUGACGCACGGAGCGGCGUCGGCGAGCGCGGACGUUGAAAUCGGUGAUGAUGGAUGCGCGAUCGCGGGCGGGCGCGCGCGAGAGACGCGCGCGGGAGGACGCGGGGGGUGGUUGACGGCCGGCGCGUGCGCGGCGGCGUGCGGGCUGGGCGUCGCGCUCGCGAUGGCGGGAUCGCGAAAUGGUGACGAGACGGGCGGACGCGGCGUGAUCGCGCGCGAGGACAUCGAUGUGCGACGUUUCGUGGCGGUGCCGAUGCUCGGAUCGAAGAGGGGACGCCGGGGGACGUCGUCGAAGCGCGGCGACGACGACGACGACGCGCCGGGGCUCGGGAUCGAUGGUGACGACGACGUCCCGCCGUUCGCGGCGAAUACGGGAUAUUUUGCCUACGAGGAAUGGUUCAAAAAAUUCACGCAUGGGAAGAGCCCUGGGGAAAGUAAGCGCGAACUCGCGGGCGCGGCGGCGGCGACGCCGAUUCAAGAGAGCGCGCAUCGCGGCGUCGUCGAUUCGGAUGGUUGGAAGACGAUUCGAGACGAUUUGAGGCACGCUGGCGGUAAACGUAAGUUAUUGCUACUUCUGCGCCACGGCCAGGCGACGCAUAACGCGUGGGGUGAUACUGUCGACGAAGAGUUGGAGACGCUGCCGUGCACGUGGCGAGACCAUGGUGACUUACUCGAUCCGUCGCUCACGGAUCGCGGCGUAGAGCAAGCUUUGACGACGCGUGCCUCGCUCACGACGAGAGAUGGGUUCUUUAAGGCGAUUCGAGGCGGCUCAGACAAAAAGGAUAGAAUUCGCGUGGCUUCGUCGCCGCUCUCACGAGCGAUGGAAACCGCCAUCAUCGUCACGUCUGGCGUCGAUCACAUCUCGCGUCCGAUUGCUGUCACGGACUACUUGCGCGAGCGCAUCGAACUCAACGCCCCGUUUGAAGUUCGCCGACCGAUCUCCAUAGACGAGGGCGAAGACUCGGACGCGUCGAAGUUGAUCAAGAAUUCCCACGCGCACGGAUGCAAAUUCCACAAAGGUUUGCGCGAGCUCUACGGCGACGACGCAUUCAUGCUCAACGUAGAGACGCAUCACAAGCAUCACUCGGAUUGUAGGGUCGACAAGACGACUCCGCUGUCGUACACGCACUGCGGCGGCCUCACGCUCACGCACGAGGCCGAUUUGGAGUUGGGUGACGAGAGGGAGGAGAACAUCAUCGCAAUGAUGAAUCGCGUGAAAGUCGUCCUCGCCAACGUCUUCGACAGGUACGACGAAGAAGUGGUCAUGCUCGUCACGCAUUCCGACUUUAUCAUUUCGGCGUUGAUGGAGUUAUAUCCCGACACGCUCGGUUUUGUACCACAAAACGGCGAAGUGGUACCCAUCGUCGUCGAGGACCGCCGAACGAAUCAUUUGCCUGAGGCGCACGCCACGGACGAUGACGCGAGUGAAACGGCGUCGAAAGCCAAGACAAAAUCAAAGGCUGCGGUCGGUGAGGCGGAUCACAACAGGAAGCACGCCAAAAGCGAAGACGAAGAAACAGAAGAUCGCACGGCGCGUGGGAAGAAGUCGAUGCGAGCGAAGGCUUCGACGGGCGACGAAAUCGUCGUAGAUUCAGAUUCUUCCGGUCCGGCGGCGACGAUCAAAUACUUCGAUGACGACGAUCAGACGGCGAAAGAAUCCGCCACGCGGCACAAAUCUAGAAAGCGUGAAGCUUCUCUCGGGAAUGAUUUGUCCCGUCGCGUCGAGGAAUCGCUAAAAAAUUUCCACAAACAAUUUGAGCGCUCUGCGGACCUCGGUAGUGAAUAG